AAUUCGUCCGAAAAGCCACUUCCCUCAUUUGAUUCAUAAAUAGGCCGUUUCGACUCACUUUCCUCUCACAAUUCUCUUUGUCUUUCCUUUUUCCUCCAUGGAUUCUUUCGCUCUCUUCGCCACGGCUUCUCUUGUCGCCGUUGGCCUUUACUGGUUCGUCUGCAUCCUUGGCUCCGCCGAACAAAAGGGCAAACGCGCUGUUGAACUCUCCGGUGGCUCUAUCGCCAAAGAGAGAGUUCAAGACAAGUACAAACAGUACUGGUCUUUCUUCCGUCGUCCUAAAGAAAUCGAAGCUACCGAAAAUGUCCCUGAUUUUGUUGACACUUUCUAUAAUCUCGUUACUGAUAUUUACGAAUGGGGUUGGGGUCAAUCUUUUCACUUUUCCCCUUCUAUCCCUGGAAAAUCCGAUCGUGAUUGUACGCGUAUUCACGAAGAAAGGGCUGUGGAUCUGUUGGGUGUAAAGCCCGGAGCCCGAAUUCUAGAUGCAGGCUGCGGGGUUGGCGGGCCUAUGCGGGCCAUCGCGGCCCAUUCAGGUGCUCAUGUCGUUGGCAUAACAAUUAAUGAGUAUCAAGUAAACAGGGCCCGAUCGCACAACAAGAAAUCGGGGCUUGACUCAUUAUGUGAGGUGGUGUGUGGGAAUUUCUUACAAAUGCCUUUUGGUGACAACAGUUUCGAUGGUGUUUAUUCGAUCGAAGCAACAUGUCAUGCACCAAACCUCGAAGAAGUAUACAGAGAAAUAUACCGAGUACUAAAACCCGGAUCCAUGUACGUUUCCUACGAAUGGGUUACUACCGAAUUGUACAAUUCGGAUGAUCCCGAACACGUGGAGAUUAUUCAUGGUAUUGAAAGGGGUGAUGCUUUACCCGGAUUGAGAACUUACAGUGACAUAGCUGAAGUUGCUAGAAAAGUGGGAUUUGAAAUUGUGGAUGAGAAAGAUUUAGCUAAGCCACCGUCGAACCCGUGGUGGACGAGGCUGCAGAUGGGGAGAAUUGCAUACUGGAGAAAUCAUAUAGUGGUUACAGUGCUUUCUUGGCUGGGAAUUGCCCCAAAGGGUACAGUAGAUGUGCACAAGAUGUUGGUUGAGACAGCUGAUUAUUUGGCUAAAGGUGGUGAGAAAGGGAUUUUUAGUCCUAUGCAUAUGAUUCUAUGCAGAAAGCCUGAAGAACGUACACUAGCCAGCCAUCUUUAGAUUACGAAUUCCAAUUUAGUACGUCGAAAUUAUUGGAUUGGAUUACCUAUGGUUUUUUUGUUGGGCGUAUUCCAUUUAAAUUAAUGGCAUUUUUUCUUCUGUACCAUUUUCGAUCUUUGUAUAAUUUCUAACUUGGAAUCUAUUCUUAUGAUGUAAUACAAGAUAAUAUUUAUUUAUUGUUA